GUUUAUUUAACAAGUUACUUAAACAUUUUAUAAUUUUAACGAGUUAUAAGCUGUAAUUGUCAUGGUAGCUGUAGGAUACUAAUAUUAUAUGUUAAAUAAUAGGAAUUGGUUUUCAACAAUUUUUUAAAUAAUUUGUAUCUUGCGAUCUAUAGAGCUACUCCAUAAUUUAGACUAUGUAGUGAAUAAUGAGUAAUACGUGUUGUUCGUUAUUCACUUGAAUGUGGAUCAGUCGGGUUUUGGUUCCAAACACUUAUUAUUUUUCUACGGCUCUGUGCUUAAGUCUAUAUUAUAUAGUUCGGUACUUAAUAAUACAUAAGGGCUUAUGCACUUAGCUGUAAGCAGUUUUCGAAAUAUAACGAGUGUUUAUCUGUGGUAUUAUCACGUGGUAUUAUUAUUCUGUGAUUAUCACAAAGCGAUUAUCGUGUCAUGAUAAAUUAAACUUUGUUUAUCAGGGAACAAUUUAGAUAAUAGAAUAAUUCCAUAAUCCAUUUGAUGAAUAAUGAUAUUAUUAGUUAUUUGUAAUGUGUAAAGAGUAGUGAUAUUUAAACAUUUUUAACUACAAAAUAUGUUCACUUUAAAUUUUGGUCUAGUUUAUAUUUCUUAAAUACUUGUCAAUUCAAUAGCCGUAACGAUAUACCUACUGUCAAAAUUUUGUUUUUUUUUUUUUAAGCAACUACGUAACAUUAUUUGAAAAUAAACUGCCAAUUCAAUCAAACACACUAUAGUUAAAUAAUUUUCACAAUGACUUCGCAUAUAAAUAUGAUAAAUAAAUGCAAAACUCUAUUACCGAUUUUAUCGCACAAUCUUCAUAAAGGACAAUCGGGAAGGAUUGGUGUUAUUGGAGGUUGCGAAGAGUACACAGGAGCCCCCUACUAUGCGGCCAUUAGUGCAUUACGUACAGGAGCUGAUCUUGUUUAUGUGUUUUGUUUCAAAUCUGCUGCUCCAGUCAUAAAGUCAUACUCACCAGAACUUAUUGUGUUGCCAUAUUUGGACAGUCCGGAUUGUAUUGACCGUUUAAAACCCUGGUUAGAAAAACUCCACUCUCUAGUUGUUGGACCAGGACUUGGUACUAGCCCUAUUGCUCAAGAUGCUGUGAGACGCAUUUUUGAACACAUCAGUAGAGAAUCAAAUUUUAACAAUAAAAGAAUGCCAAUAAUAGCUGAUGCAGAUUCUCUUAAUGUUAUUGAACCAGAAACAUUCCGAUUUUACAAUGGUUGUAUUUAUCUUACACCAAAUGUCCACGAAUUAACUAAAUUAUCUAGUAGACUGAUUGGGCGCCAAACCUAUGAACCAACAGUGACUGAUGUUCAGGCUCUCAUGAACAAGUUAGGAGGUAAUUAUGUUAUAGUACUAAAAGGAGCUGAAGAUGUAAUAGCAAACAUAAGAGGGACUUUAGUAUGUACUGAACCCGGUUCGGCUAGACGAUGUGGAGGCCAAGGAGAUAUAUUAGCCGGAAGUAUGGGCACUUUUGCUUAUUGGGCUUCCAAGCAAACUCAUUAUUGUGAUGAAUUAGAUCCAGAAGUUCUUGCUGCUUAUGCAGCAAGUGCACUUACUAGACAUACAAAUAAAAUAGCAUUUAAAGCAAAAGGCCGAAAUAUGAUUACAACAGAUAUUGUUGAAUUGUUACCGAAUGCUUUUCAAACAUUAUUCAACAACUGAGAAAAAUAUAUGUUAAUUCAUAUAUUAUUUUUUUUCUUUUCUUAUUACAUCAAUUGUUAUAUUA